AUGACUGACAAGAAAGCAAUGCUCAACGCAGACCCUCAACGGAAUACCACCUUUGAGCGCAUGAAAACCUCCAUCGCCGAAGCAAUGCAGCCCGGAGACAUAAAAUCAACACUCCGCCAUCUGCCCCCAGACGAGCAGGAAGCAAUACUACCCAUCAAAGAGGACGAGAAACCGCUCUACGGGCAGAUGCAAAGCACUGAAACGAAUGGUGGUGUGGGCCAAAGUGCCAGGGCUAGUGCUGCCGGUGCUGUGGUCGGUGCUGGUGUUGGUGCGGACUUGGGACCGGGAGCGACGACGAGUAAGAAGGAUCAGGGGAUGAUGGCUUCGGCGGGGGAGAUGGUUGGGAAGGCUUUGGGGAGGAAGUGA